CACAAACUUGUCGAUCAAGGAAUGCAAACAAUUGAACUAAGCGUUUCUUGGAAUGGUGUUGAAGAUAACGAAAGUGACAUCAGUAGCAGCGGGUAUUGCCUUGGUGUAACUCGUCUCACAUGCAGGAGUGGCCUUGUGCAAGCAGGUGCUUCUACAUUUGGCACUGUUGGCCCCUUCAGACCUGAUCCAUGGGCUGAAUAUUUUGUCACGGUUGUUGUUGUAAAUGGAGCUGGUCUAAAAACGGUCAUGUCAUCAAAGAAAUUAGUUUUUGACACGUCACCUCCACACAAGGGUACUGUAAUUGAUGGAAUCGACCUUGAUAUUGAUUUCACUAAUUCAACGAACUUCUUUUCGGUUCAGUGGCAUGGUAUCGAAGAUGAAGAGUCUGAUGUUGCCAGUUGCUCCUGGGCGCUAAUCGAACAAUCAAUCUCGGAUGACAGAUCGGUAUUUGGAAAUAGUACUGCAGUGUUAAGGAAAGCCGUGGAACGGGAAGGAAACCUCACUCAAGCAAAUCUUAGUCUUGUCCCAGGCGCUCGCUACAUCAGCGAAAUCACGUGCUUCAACGGCGAUGGCUUCGGUAGCACUUCUUCCUCUGAUGGUGUCAUUGUAGAUGUUACAUCACCAAAUGCUGCUCUAGUUCACGAUGGAUCAUCUCUACUAGCGGACGUUGAUUAUCAGUCAUCAACUACUUCGGUAGAAGUAGUGUGGAAUCCCUUUGAAGACCAAGAAAGUGGAAUCAUGGAGUACCACUGGGGCCUAGGAACCACUCCUGAUGACACAGACGCGAUGAACUUUACCGCAGUAGGAAAAAUGACGUCAGGGAAGGCAGGAAACUUAUCACUGACCCAUGGUGUGAGGUAUUAUGUCACAGUGGAGGCUGCAAAUGGCGCUGGCAUGACGUCGCGUGGUUGGUCUAGUGGUUUUGUAGUUGACGUCACUCCUCCUGGAUUAACUGAGGUAACAGCUGGUUCAAAACUUUGGAUUGGUCCUGCAGACAGUCUGCUCGCCACCUGGAAGUCACAAGACCUGGAGAGCGGAAUAGACAAAACAGAAUUUUGCGUCGGAACAUUGCCUGUAGGGUGCCAGAUAAAAUCAAUCACCGAAAUACUCCCAAACUCGACAGACGUGACAUGCAGUGACUGCGUCUUAAGUCAUUAUGGGACGUACUACCUUAGUAUAAGAGUAACAAAUGGUGCUGGCCUUUUUACUGUAAUUGCGAUAAACGGAACCAAAGUCGAUCUGACGGCUCCUUUCCUCAGUGAUAUCGUCCCACAGUUCUCCGUCAUGUCGUGCAGUACAAAUUGCACCCUAGUUUCAAAUAUCACUGGUGUCCAAGAUGAUGAAAGCGGUGUCAGACUUUGCAGCUUUGCGAUAAGAAACAGUACUGACUUUGUGACUGAUUUUAUAGAAAAUGGGUUGAGUGCGACUGUCAUGGCCACAGGUCUACAAUUGCUACCCGGACAAAGUUAUUACACCGUGGUGAGAUGCGAAAACAAUGCUGGACUUUACACAGAGAUGGUAUCUUCUCCAGUCCUUGUUCACGAUACGCCUCCUUCAAAGGGCUCCGUAAUUGUAAGUGAAGACCGUACGCAUGACGUUUUUGGCAUACAUUCCAGCUGCCAUCUCUUCAACAGAACACUGCGGGCUCACUGGUACGGUUUUAACGACGAAGAAUCCGAGAUAAGCGGUUUUCGUGUUGCUGUUGGCAAACAGCCAAACGCAACCGACGUGUUGCAGUUCCAAGAAGUUGGCCUGGUGACAAAUGUUACUCUGCCUUUGACCAACAUCAGCACGUUGUUUGAUGGUGACAUCGUUUACGUGACAGUUGAAUCACGCAACGGCGCAGGCUUGGUUACUCAAAGUUCGUCACCUCCUACAAGGUUGGUUGCAGCUGACAAUGAGGAGUAUUUGAGAGAAGGAGAUUUUUACUGUCUGAACUUUUGAGUGCCAAAACUGUUAAUGAGUAGAAACUAUGCUACAAAUUAGUAAAGAGGUAUAAUCAGGUAUGUCAGAAGUUUGAAAAUAGUUUAUCCCUUUAGUAUAGGUUAAACGAACGCAAUUGAAUUAACUUUGCCAAUGUGAUUAUACAACGUAGUAUAAGUUGGGACUAGUAGCGGCCGAUGCUUAUUUUCUGCAUAUGGUCAGGAGACGUGUAUGGAAAAACAUUUUAACAAUGUACGAUAUUUACCCGAAUAAAGGCUUCUUCUUUCUGA